UUCGCCCAUUUGCCUCCUUUUUUUCAUUCAACUCUCCCUCCCCUUCCCUCUCCGCCCCCCUUCAUUGUAAAGAAGCCCCUCCUCUUUUUUCCUCUCUUUCUCCAGUACACAAAACAAGCAGGAAAUAAAAACAGUUGGACACUGAUCGAGCAAGACAUGGGUUCUUUAGUGGGGCAUGUUGCACCAGGUUUAGCCUUCUUUGUACUUGGUUUGUGGCAUCUCUUUAAUCACAUCAAGCUCCACGCUCUCCACCCGAAUUCCUACACAUCUUCUCCAUGGUUCCCCUCAUCAAAAUUAAGGUACUUAGAGCUGUUCUUCAUCAUGCUAGGCUCCUCCAUCUCCAUCUCCAUGGAGCUCUUUAUUGGCCCUGAAAGGCACCAACCGUUUGACCCCGACGGAACCAUCCCAUCAAAUCAUCUCCACAACUUUGAGCACGCCGGUAUAUCAAUGACUUUCUUGACCUAUGCGGUUUUUGCUCUACUCCUUGAUAAAAUUAACCCCAAAGCUAAGUCUGCCCUGACAGAGUUUCUGGGAGCAGUAGCUUUCGCCCAACAGCUCCUCCUCUUCCACCUUCAUUCGGCAGAUCACAUGGGAGUUGAGGGUCAAUAUCACCUGCUUCUACAGAGUGCCAUAGUUGUUUCUUUAGCCACCACCCUAAUGGCAAUUGGGCUUCCUAAAAGUUUUAUGGUCAGCUUUGUUCGGUCUCUCAGUAUAUUGUAUCAAGGUGUGUGGCUCAUAGUCAUGGGGUACAUGCUCUGGACUCCAGCCUUGGUUUCAAAAGGCUGCUUCAUCCACUUGGAAGAGGGUCACCAGGUGGUUAGGUGCUCCAGCGAUGAGGCACUACACCGAGCUAAAGCUUUGGUGAAUAUUCUAUUCAGUUGGACCUUGAUAGUUGUAACCGCUUUUUCCAUGGCUUUCUACUUGGUUUUGGUUAAAUUAUAUGGAGAAAAGGUCGAGUAUUCAACAUUGGCAAAGGAAGAAGCGCUCGAACUGGAAGAAGAUUCUGAUGAUGUUGAAUCGCAGAAGGAGAUCAGCAAACAUGGGAAGCCCAAAAGCUUUAUUCAUAUGGGAAAUGGCUAUGCAGUUAUGGACAUCGAGAGGUAGAUUUUAAAGACAAAUGAAAAAGGAGUAAGAAAUAGAUAUCAAUUAAGCAUGUGUACAAAGUAAGGUUGGUGCAAACCCCACCUCAUUUUAAUUAAGCUUUGCAAUAAUUUGGGGCUUAAUGACAGCUAAAUGUCUUGUGGGGAGGAGGGUUGAAAAAAAGUGUGCUGCUACCUAGGGAGAGACUCUGUGUAAAAUUUGUUAGGUUUGAA